AUGCCCGCCGCGGAACUGCCAGCGAUGAUGGGCGCAGCUGGCGGCGGCAUGGGAGGAGGGUGCUCUCCGUGGGUGCAGUCUCCUCUCCACGGCAGGCUCCGGUUCCCGCCGUCCCCCGCCGCGAUCUACCACUGCCUGGCGGCGCUGCACCGCCUGGACGGCGACGUGCACGCGCUGGCCGUGGCGAGGGGCGUGCUCUUCACGGCGUCCGACAGCGGCCGCGUCCGGGCCUGGGCCGCCCCUGGCUGCUUCAACCGCGGGUACCUCGACGUGGGCCGCGGCCGCGUCCCGGCCCUUGCGGCCUGCGGCGGCACGCUCGUGACAUCCCACAGCCGCGACCACCACGUCCGCGUCUGGACCGUCCACGCCGCCGCCGUGUGCGACCACAUCCGCGCCAAGAAGGCCGCCACCCUGCCCGCAAAGGCGGGCCUCCUCUCCUUCGCCAAGAAGCGGCACCCGCACCGGGACACCGUGUCCUGCCUCGUGCUCCACGCCGUGGCGGGCCUGCUCUACACGGCCUCCCACGACCACACCGUCAAGGCAUGGAAGCUAUCGGACGGCAGCUGCGUGGACUCCUUCGUGGCCCACGACGGGCCCGUCAACGCCAUGCUCGUCAACGACGCCGACGGCUGCGUCUUCACGGGCUCCGCUGACGGCACCGUCAAGAUGUGGCGCCGCGUCUACGGCGGCACCGCGCACGCGCUCAUCAUCGCGCUCCGCUCCGAGCUCUCCCCCGUCAACGCGCUCACCCUCUGCCACCACGCAGGCGGGGCCACCCGCAGGUGCUUCCUCUACGCCGGCUCCUCGGACGGCUACGUCAACAUCUGGGAGAAGGAGGCCUCGGCGGGCCGGCCCGUGCACGUGGGCUUCCUCAAGGGCCACCGCCUGGCCGUCUUCUGCCUCGCGUCCGGCUGCGGCGGCAGGGUCGUGGUCAGCGGCUCCGAGGACGCCACCAUGCGCGGCCACCGCGGGCCGGUCCGGUGCCUGGCCGUGGGCGGAGGCGAGGCGGGGGACGUCGAAGGGAGCAUGGUGGUGUAUAGCGCCGGGCUGGACAAGAGCGUCAAGGUGUGGAGGAUCCGGGUGGUGGGGAAAGAAGAGGAAGAGGACGACGAUGACGACGAAGAUGAAUGUGAUCAGGAUGAGGUGGACGACAUCGACAUUGUGGCGGCGGGGAAGGGCGAUGUGGAUCAUCAUGGUUUGAGAGAUGAGGUUGAGGCCGAGGAGGAGCCCGUGGUGAGCCUUGGCCCGACGCCCGUGCUGUCGCCGGUGUGGGUGGAGAAGCGGCGGCACACGAGCCGCGGCUGA